AUGGCUGAAAAUGGGUACGGGCCCACGCCCGUCGCUGGUCACGUCGGCAGAAUCCCAAACUUCGGCAAAACACAGGUUAAUCAAUUUGGGAAUUCAGAGCCACCGGCGUGUAUCCAAAACGCCAUGAUGACGAAAGAUAAGAAACCUUUCACAUACACGCCAGGAGGUUUAGAUCUGUCCCAAAUAAGAACUCCAAGUAUGGCUAGAAGAUUGGCGCGCCAAAGAUCUCAAGAAGAGCAAGAACAAGCUUAUCCGCAGGGAAAUGGAGGAUAUCAGCCUCAAGGAGUGCCUGUGCCACCACCGCCACCUCCAAUGAAAAUACCUGCUCCGCCACCCCCACCCCCGCUAGUGAUCGAAGCUCCCAAUAAUAAGUCACCCAAACCUCCAGCUCUUGGCGAACGCCCUGAAAUAGUAAUUCCCGAAAACCCCAUAGGCAUGCUAAGAAAAACGAACAGUCCCUACCACUGGGAAGCCGAGAAGGCUGACUUACAGCGCAUGGGUCCAGUUCCUAAAUUCGUCGAUAAAGUGCCGAGUCCACUAACUGUCAAACUUCCACAGAAUAAUAUACCACAAAACUACGGAUCACCGCAAUCGAAUUAUCAACGACCAUACGGGAAUCAAUAUCAGGCUCCUGACAGUCCUCUUCAUAGACCAGAGGCCCAAUAUGGUAACCAGAAGAGCAUGUCACCCGGAAUGAACGGGUCUCCACCUACAAGAGAAAUCUUACAACGUCAAGAUUCACAGUUCAAUAAGAGUCCACAGCCGUAUGCUUAUCAAUCUCCUCUUGUUAAUAAUGUGCCCUAUUCUCCAACUCCUAACAGCCAAUGGAGACAGCCAGAAAGAAGGGAUUCACCAGCUAAAAAUAGUCCACAAUCCCCGCAAAGUCGAGGCCCAUUUUCGCCAAAUGUCCAACAAACUUCACCCAUAUAUAAUCAAGGCCCACAGAAUAAUAAUGUAUAUCACACUCUACCUAGGGUAGUACAAAGGAAUCAAGAAUCGACAAAUAAUAAUACACAAAAUAAUUACGCGACUCGUGUACCAAAUAACGCAAGAGAUAUUCCACAACAAAGCGAAGGAACAAACGCGGCUCCAUGGCGCACUAGCACAUUAAAUAGAUAUCCGCGACAAGACCAACCAUCAUCGAAUAAUAGUAACCAAAAUGUAUCUCAGGCCUAUUCUCCGCCUUGGAAAAGUAACGACACGAACAAUAACUUGAAUUCUCCUUGGAAACAAGAUAGUAAAAAUAACAAUCAAUAUAACGAUACCCAGCAGAAUCCACCAUGGGUAAACCAAGUCAAUAACAAAGUACCAGAGAACUCUGCUCCUUGGCGGGCACAAGAAGCACAGAGAACGGUUCCCACUUCUCCUCCAGAAGCAAGAUAUCAAUCUUCUAUUUCUAUUCCUGUCACUCCGAAAAAACAGCAACCUGCGCCUCAGUAUAGCAAUAGUCCUGUACAAAAGGAAGUCGUCUACGUUAACGAGGAACCGGUGUAUUACUGCCCAGACAGUCCUAAAUCUAUGCCCCCGUGGGUGAAAUCUCAGAAGGAGAAGACUAAAACACCACCACCAAUAUGGUGUCAAAGACCGCUCGAUGGUAGCAAAACAAUACCCAGAGAAUUAGAAACACCUCCAAGGGAGACCAACGAGCCCGAAUGGGUACGAAAAAGCAACGAGAUGCAAAAAGGUGCACGCGACAUUGUAAGCCCUCCGAAAUACCAGCAAUCAGCUCAACCUAACUGGUCGACUAGACCGUCAGAGAACAGAAAGAGCUUGCCAAGAGACACUGAACAACCGCCAAGUAGAAUUAUUCCAAUCCAAAUGGAAGUAUCUAGCGCAGAAACUAGAAACCAAAGGCAGCAUGGAAAUCAACAACCGCAAUUAAGAAUAGUAAUUGACAUGAAACAGAACCCCAACGAGCAAAGUCAAUCCCAGAGACCUACCAUCGUUAAACAGAAGUUUUCAAAAUCAGGACAGUCAACCAAAAACAAGGAUAAUACCUAUACAAGUGGAAGGCAGCAAUGGUGGCGCAAACAAGAGCUUCGGUGGCCGGUAUUAGGAGCGUCGUUUGCACUGUCCAAAAGUAUACUACCAUAG